AAUACAGCAUUUUUGACAUUUCAUACUGUUAUAGUAAAUAUGCAUAACUAAAAACUAUAUAUAUAUUAAUACUUAGACAUUUUAUUUCUUUAUUUCUACAGAAAUGAAGCUAAAUGGUGGACCAAAACAAUACAUGCCCCUUCCACAAUCUCAAAGUGAUGAAGAUGAAAAUUCUUUUCUGAAACAAUCAAAACAGUUGUUAGAAACAGAAAAAAAUGGAAUAGCCAAUGGUUGUACAAAAACUGUUGACAAUAAAGAAACCAGCAAUAAUGAAGAAAAACAAUCUAUGUCAACAUUGCGUAAAAUAUUUUUUGUCUUCUCCAUAUUUUUGUGUGUUUUUUUCAUAAUAUUAUUUAUAUGGAUUAUCCCUUGUCAAUUGCCAAUUUUACCAAUUACUGCAGUAACAAAAGAUUGGUCUUUAAAAUUAAAUGAUAUUGAUUUGGUCACGACUCUGUUAUUAGCAAAUAAUCACUUAUUACCACACCCAAUUCUCAUAAUGGGAUUUAAAAAUCAACAAGAUAAUUUAACAGGACUUACAGCAAUAGAUAGUGUCACUGGACAGCAAUUGUGGGUUAAAUACCUUCAUAACAUACCUAUAUAUGGCAAAUUUGGAGAUAUAGAUGCAAAUGGUGAUGGUAUACCAGACUGUUUGAUUUUAGGAGAUGGUGGUUUAUUAUUUGUUAUAAAUGUUACAAAUGGUCAUGAAUUAUGGUACUUCCAUGAUCACACUAAGCUUGAAACACCACCUAUUAUUCUACCACCAGUUUUGUUUCCUUCCUGUGAAAAUAAAGCAAUUUCUGAUCUGAUUGGAAUCAUUUCCGACGAAGAACUUCAACCUUAUUUUGUUAGCAUUAACACUUCUACUGGGUGUCAAAAAAACAAUCCAUUACUAAUUGCAGUAUGUGAUGGGAAGAUGACUGCACUGAAUGUAUGGGAAAGUAACAACAUGACAUCAUUAAUUUUUCAGUGUAAAGAUGAAAUUGGAAAUGUUAAUGUUUGGAGUUUAUCUCGAGAUAUAUAUUGUCAUUUGAAUCAAACUGAUGUUAAUUGGAGAAAGUUAUAUAGUUUAAAAAAUGCAAAAAAUGCCAUCAUUAAACCUAUAGAGAAAAGUAUUGUUAUAGUGGAUGAUGGUAAUGUGAUACUGUUAAAUGAGAUUGACAUAAAAUGGAAAUUAUCUUAUAACUUUACUAAAAUAAGAGCCAUAUUUGAUGGCUAUUUCACAUCUGAAAAAUUAGAAAUUGCACUGGUUAUUCAAGAUAAUGAUGGAAAUUAUAUGUUAAAUAUAAUAAAUUAUGAAAAUAGUACCAUAGUAUGGUCUAAAGACUUUUCCAAGAGUGUUAUUGUGUCUGCCAAAAAAGUUUCUAACAUUUUGCCAAAGAGUGAUGGCAUUCUGUUAAAAUUGAAUUCUCCAUCUACACUUCUGACUGAAAAGUUUGCUAACAGUACUGAUCUACAUUUUCCUAAUACCACAACUGAUGUCUUCACAAAUAUCAAUAUUCUGAAUGAAUCUUAUGCUUUGUUAAUGUGUUGGAAAAGUUUUACUUUUACACCAUUAUUUCAGAAUACGAUUUUGACCAGAUGCGAGAGUCAGUGUUGGCCAAAUUUACAUUUGUCUUACAACACAGGAAUUAUGGUACCAGAAAAGAAUGGAUUAAUCCAAAUUUUGACAGUUUCUUCAACAUUAGUCCCUACCAAUUUUUCAUUUGCCUUUCGUAUCACCCUGGAUAGCACAACUUUCCAAUUUCAGCCAUGUUCAAUGACAUGAAUGUUCAAUUUUAUAUAUUAUUUGUUUUUAAUAAUUUCUAUUGUUUCUCAGGAUUAAUUUAUAACUGAAAACUAGUCAAAUUAAAAGGAUUUAAACAAUUUUUGAUGGAGUAUU